CAGCUUGCGAGAGACUACUCUACCGCGCAGAAAGACAUGUCUACUGACGAGGCAUACAGCUCUUUUCUGGAUAAAGCAAACAGCGUUCCUGAGGCGCCACCUAAGAAGAAGCCCUCGAACGACGCCCAGGUCUUGGCUGACCAAUACCUCUCCUCUGAAUCGGAUGAACCAUGGCGAGCUUUCACCUCUAACAAGACGGAUGAGCUUGAAGAUGCAGCUGCAUUCGCAAAGCUCGUAGAACAAUCUGGAGAUGCAUCUUUCGCAGAGAUAGAAGCAUAUGAGGAUCACAAACAAGUCAUUCGGUAUGUUCGCGAACGCAUCUCAGGCGCUGAGCAUGGAAAGGCUGAAGUGCACGUCUUAGAGAUUACGGACGGUACACGGAUCUAUGUCUACAUGGUUGCCUACAAUAAGAAGCACCGUUGCUAUGAGGGAGCACAGAGUCUGAAGAUUGAAAGUUAGGAAUGUGACUGUGGGAAAUGCUGCUGCUGUGACCUUAGCCGCGAGAGCCGGAAGCUGCCUUGGACGCUCAUUAAGUCAGAUUGACAGUGAUGUGGGCUGCCAGUGGGCAAGAUGAUUCAGUGCAGCGUGAAGAUGACCGAGUCACCGAGAUGGUGGAGUGAAAGUUUGAUCUUGUGGCUGGUCCGAGAUUGGCCGCGACUUCAUACAACUCGGUCAGCCACAAGUCAUCCUCAUCAACCCGCCCACCCGCUCGCUCGGGUCGCCGACUCGCUGUGUAGUUCGGUAGAGUUCCAGCGUAAAAAGCGAUUAUAUACCGUAUAGCACCAGCUGGCCCUGGCACUAGCUGAGCAGCAUCCUCCCC